AAAUCCGACACCGCGCAACUAUGACCAGGAUGUCGUGUGUUGUUCUUUUGUUGGUUUUGAGCUCAACGUAGACAGAGCGCUUAGAAAUAUAAAUAUCUCAACGAAACGGAACCGCCCAACCAACCCCUGAAGCUGCUACAGCAUUACGUCAGCCACUGGACGAGGCGCGUGCAGAAGUGCACGCAUCCAUUCAACCGUAGCAGUACAGAAACAUCACUACCCACAAAGCUACAGGUUGUGCGCAUGCGCGUUCUGAGCGAGAAAACUACAAACGCAUUAGCUCCGAUUGGCUACUGACAAAAGAACUACAGCUCCCAUUAGACAUGCGCAAAAAUACCCUUUUAAAGCCUUUUAAAUUUACGUGCAAAAUGGCUGCACAGGUCGAUCUGCUACGCGUCAAAGUAGAGGAGAAGAGCAGGGACAGCUUUGACAAAGCCACCAAAGAGAAGAAAAAGAAGAAAAAACGAGAAUGUUCGCCGUCCGAUGACAAGUGCGAGAGAUCGGAGAAGGAAGCGAAGAAAAUAAAGCUACAUCACCACCAACAGAAUCACCAACAUGCCCAACAACGAGCGCAUCCACCGCACCAACAACAGAACAGCCAAGCGCGCAACUUCAGCAAAGAGCAGGCACCUGUGCAACACCGUCAUCCCCUCCAUCAUCAGCUCCACAGCACCAAGAAAGAAUUACCUCCGGGCUGGCCGCCACGCAAAGUGACACCAGCAGCCCACGUCCCGCAGAAGACGGUCCUGCCGCCUUCCCCGCUGUUCACUUUCACGCCUCUCAAAGUAGCGAAGGCCAAGCCCCUCAACAACAAGCCCAAACACAUUGAGAAGGACGUUAAACUUAAGCCCAAGAAGGAAAACGCCGAGGCGAACGUUAAAGUGGAGGAAUGCAAGAAGAAGAAAGAGCCCCACAGUGAGAAUGGCAAAACCCAGACCCUGGAGGAAUACCUCCUAAAGAAAAAGAAAAAGAAGAAGCGGCAUCGUGAAGAUGAGCGUGGCAAGAAGUUACGCGUGCACAACAAAGAGGUGCAGACGGUGUGUGCAGGAUUGACAGGAGAUGAUCUGCCUCUUUCUGAAGACCCUGUCGUACAUGCGUACAUCAAAGAUGAAAAGCCGUGUCCGGGCUUAGGUGAGUACCACACCCCCAAAGGUGGGAAGAAGCUGUUCCUCUCGCACCAAGACCACUUCAUCCGCAGCUCGUGGCUUCAGACCAACUCCUCCUUCAGCAGACUCAUCCAUGAGGAAAAGCAGCCCAAUGGAGGGGCGUCUGUACUACAUGCUUAUGCAGAUGAACUGUCCUUACUGCAGCCUGAAGACACUGAGAGAUUUACUCAGGAGUUCCUGGAACUCGCCUUUGCUGAACACCCUAAAGGAGCUGCGCGCUAUGCACUCGCUGUGGUGCAUGGAGCGGCCGCCUACCUGCCGGAUUUCUUGGACUACUUUGCCUUCAAUUUCCCAAAUACGCCUGUCAAGAUGGAAAUCCUUGGUAAAAAGGACAUUGAGACCACCACGAUUGCCAGCUUCCACUCCCAGGUAAGCCGAACAUACUGCUCUGGGACAUAUAGAGCUGGUCCCAUGAGGCAGAUCAGUCUGGUCGGUGCAGUAGAUGAGGAGGUGGGCGAUUUCUUCCCGGAGUUCUUGGACAUGCUUGAGGAGUCUCCGUUUCUUAAGAUGACUUUGCCAUGGGGAAGCCUGUCCAGCCUGAAGCUUGACUGCAGGUCCCAGAGCGACGAUGGUCCCAUCAUGUGGGUGAGGCCUGGAGAGCAGAUGGUUCCCACAGCUGAUAUGCCCAAGUCUCCAUUCAAGAGACGAAGAUCAAUGAAUGAGAUCAAGAACUUGCAUUACCUCCCGAGAGCCAGUGAACCACGUGAGGUGCUGUUCGAGGAUCGGACACGAGCCCAUGCAGAUCACGUUGGCCAGAGCUUCGACUGGCAGAGUACAGCAGCUGUGGGUGUCCUGAAAGCAGUGCAGUUUGGGCAAUGGAGUGACCGGCCACGGAUAACCAAAGAUGUGAUCUGUUUUCACGCGGAGGACUUCAAUGACGUCGUUCAAAGGCUUCAGCUAGACCUGUUUGAGCCACCUGUGUCACAGUGUGUCCAGUGGGUGGACGAUGCCAAACUCAACCAGUUACGACGGGAAGGCAUCCGCUACGCUCGUGUGCAGCUCUGCGAUGACGACAUCUACUUCAUCCCCCGCAACGUGAUCCACCAGUUUAAAACCGUCUCGGCCGUGUGCAGCCUGGCGUGGCACAUCCGUCUAAAGCAGUACCACUCUGAGGAAGAGGAGGAGUCAAAGGACGUUAAGACCAUGGACCUGUGUUCCACAUCAUGUCCUCCCCCUGUUCACCCGGACACCAAAGUCACCUCCUGCGCCCAGCUACAAACAGACACGGCACAAGGUGGGGUGGCGAAAACGGAUGAGCUGGUUUUCCAGAGGCCCGCUACACCACCCAGAGACCCACAGCCCGCGCCUCCGCAACCGGCUAAAUCCGCCCACACUGUUCCCGCCGCUCCCUGUUCAGACACCAGCCCUCUGUCCUCGGCCACACCAGAGAUAAUGCUUCCACAGGCUCCCGUCAAGCCUGCAUCAGACUCCUCACUCAAUGGCAGCAGGUCCACGGAUUUACCCUAAUGACUUCCGAAUCCUUCAUUUUACGGAGUGGUGGAGUUUUAAUUCACCUGACAGACUUUUCUGACAUUCCACAGUGUAAAAAAAAAAGGAAUAUCUUGACUUCGCCUAAAAACGAUGAAGACUGUAUAUUUUUCUUUUUUAGAUUUUGGUUAAGAAAAAGCGAGUGCUUUUUAGGUUUUUCUCAGCCAAAGUAUUUAAUUUGAAAUAUAUUUUUGCUGAUUACUCAGUAUUGUUUUAUAUUUGUUUAUAUAUUAUUAUAAAUGAGAUGAAUUGUCUCUCAAGAAGGACUUGUCAUGUUGUUUCCCAGGCCGUCAUGUGCAUCUGCUAAUUGGUUUUUACAAACAAGGGAAAAAAGUGCCUGUCACAAGUGGAGAGCAGCAAGUAUAUCUCAAAAGAGAAAAAUAGGCUUUUUUUUUUU